AUGAAAUAAUCACUCUUUGCUCAGCGUAUGAAGUUAAAAAAGGAGAUCCCAUAAUCAGAUGAACAACUCUCCUUCCCUUAAACAUUCAAAGUUGAUCUCCCACCUCAACCCAAUCGUGCCUAGUUUCACGGCUUAAGUGAAAAAGAAUAUUAAUAAAUCGAAGAAGAAAAUCUUAAGGCAAUCAAAGAAAUGAAUCAAGAAUAAGUCUUGGAAUUACAAAAAUAAAUUAGAGAAUCCUUGGGAGAUAAUUUAUGCAAAAUGUUUGAAUCAGGUGACAUAUACCAAAUUAAACAAUAAAAACAAAUGCAACUAGAAAUUAACUAAAAUAUUACCAAAAAUACAGAAGUUUUUAGCAAACUUAUUGAUGAAGACUAAAUCACAAUAUCCGAAAUUCAAGAACUUAUCAAAUCCCCAGAAAUGAGUAGUGUCAAAGUAGCACUCCAAAAAAUUGAUAAAGUUAUUAAACCUUAAAAUGUACUCCAAUUGGAAUCCAUCAAUCUCAGCGAUUACCUCAUCUCAGUUGGAAAAUCAACUAAUAUUUCAGUAUCCCUAUUUUCAUUUGAUUUGCUUUAUUCAUAUUGGAAUAAGAUAGUUCCCAAUUGUUGGAACCCAAUCUACAAUCUCAAAGAAACCAAAGAAGUUGAAGAUCUCUACGUUGACUUGCCUUAGAUGGUUAAUUAAUUAUAGCACCACAUUCCUUAUUCAAAAGCCUUAGACCUCCUCAGAAUAAGGAAUAUUCUAUCCCAAUCCAAUUCUAAAUACAUAAUCGAGCAUUAAUCAAUUGUAAACAUAGAUUGCAAACUCAAAUCCAUCAUUUUGCUUUAAUAAUUUCAAGAAUUGCAACAAAUUAAUUUCAUUUCCUAAGAGUUUUCAGAUUUUCUACUCUCAAUCAUAUUCUAUUAUUUCCAUCAUCUACUUGAUUCAUAAUGUAAUAUAAUCAUUAGCGAAUUAUCAAAAGUUCAGAACUCAAACUUAAAAUUGGCCAUAUUCUAUCUCUAUCAAUCAAGAUUUAGUUGCAAAUUAAUACACGAACCACUAAUAUUGGAUAUCAAGAAACCUGAAAUCAAUUAAGAUAUCCAAAUUUAUGAAAUAGUCCCAUUUUAAUCUGUCAUUGCAACACUAUUCGACUCAUUUAAUUUGGCUAUUUUUUCUGGUCAGGAUAUUGUAAUCUGCCUGAAAUAAAUUGUUUCAUUGAUUUUUGAUAUCAGGUAUUUGGCAAAAUAGAUUAUUUCAAGAAAAUAAAGAAAAGUUCAUAAAUGGAGAUUAUUGAAUAUUUUAAGAAGCAUCUUUUAAGAACAAUUUAAAAAUGAAGCAAAUAAAAGGACAUCAAUAAAAGAAAAUAACGAAAAGUAUUAACUUUUAGAAUUGAUCAGAUAGCAACUUAAGAUCGAAUUUCAUUUAAAAGAUGAAAAAGAAUUAGUCUUUGAGGCCAGUUUAUAUACAGGUCUUUCCUAAUUUUUAAGCUAGCAUGAAUAUCAAUUAGAAGUUGUUUAAUAAUAUAUUGAUUGCUUUCAUGAUAUUGAUUUUGAAAUAAAAUCUGAAUUUGUGCUAUUAAAACUAUACAAAUUAUUAAUAUCGAAUAAUGAAUUACCAACUGGAUUAAUAAACAUAUACAAAUAUUUAUUGGAUAAAAUAAAUAUCAAAGAAUUAGGUGUCCUACUAAAUAAGAAUGUCUCUUAUUUUGAAAAAUUACUCUAAAAGUGUUAAUAUGAUUCGUAUUAUAAUUAAACACACGUGAAUAUCCUAUUUUUGUUUAUUAGUCCUCAUUUUAAUCCAGAUUUUCACAACUUAUUAUUUUAAGAAUUCCAAUGCACACCAAUAUUGCAAUAUCUGUCAUCAGAUAUAUAUCUGAAACAUCUAAAUUACUUUACCGUAAAGCCAAAUAAAGGAUUAGAGAUCUAUAGAUAAAAUGUAUUAGACAUAAGCAGCGAAAAUGAAUUUAUAUAAAAAUGGAAGGCAGAAAUAAGUUAAUGGUGA